AUGGCCGCAAAUUAAAAAAUGAAAGGCCAGCCGAGCGAACGUACGUGGCUGGCGCUGGCGUAAACGCAUAAUAAUCUAUAUCGUACAGUUACUGUCUACUGCAGCUUCAUCCACAGAAACACAGCCAAAGGAGUACGCAUUCAGCUACAGCUGAGGGGUGGAUCAGAACGUCUACUUGCAAAGUUUGUGCAGGUUAAGUGGCGAGAGUUGUGCUUGGCGGAGUGGCUCGUAAUUAAUUUCAGUUGCGGUACAUCAGCAAAGAAUCAGCUGGGCGGAAGUACUACUGUUGCCCCGCACGUGCAUCCUUGGCUGGUCACUGUAGCGCCUCCCUUCAUUAAGUCGCUGGUCAGCGCUAGGAUAUCGCUAGCUGUUUAUUUGUACUUGGACCUUGUUAUAGCCUCGCAUUAUCUCCGGCACGAUGCAGUUGAUUAUCUGCAGUUGUCUGGCGGUGGUCUUGCUGGCGCUCCAAGGCUUCACCGGUGCCCGUGGCGCGACGGGCCUGCAGUGCUACGAGUGCUACAACAACACACAAACCGGCGAGGACUGCCGGCACGUCGGCAACCAGGCCCGCAAGCCCUGUCCGCCCGGCCACGACGACGUCUGCGUCACCAACAUCAACGCCAACACCUACACCACCGGAAUGGUCGUGGUGUACAGCCGGUACUGCGCCCGCCUGACGGACCCGGCCGGGCGGCCCGUGGGCAGCCUGAACGCCAGCCCGCGGCAGGACUGCAACUCCGUCGUGGACGGGCACAAGAUGCAGAUCCGCUGCUCCUGCAACACCAACCUCUGCAACUCCCACGACCGCAUCUUCCUCCCCGACGGCCGCUACAUCUCCUCCGGCGCCACCGCCCCCGCGGCUCUGACCGGCUCCACGCUCCUCCUCCUCGCCGUCUCCCGGCUGUUCGCCUGAACCGCCACCGGAAGUGGUCCUCACAAGGACACUACCGGAAGUGUAACACUGUAUGCUAAGGUGUGGUUGUGUUGAUGUGAGAAAGAUGCGUGACCGGACCGGAAGCGCCGAGAAAUUUUAUGCCACUAUGUAAUUACAGAAGUACAUUAGCGUCAUAAGUAUAUUAUACGUGGUUAAUAUUUUCAUUUUAUUGUUUUCUGCCUGUUGAGUGUCGACCGCCGAAGCCUGGAUCGUUUUGUCAAAUUGGCAAUACUCCAGCAGCAGUCUUUAAAGUACAGAAGCUGGCUCGGUGAAGAUUUUCUCACAUUGUACAUUUGUAAUGUGCGCUCAAAAAGUCAAAAUUUAGGGAAGUGAAUGUUUCAUGCAUGUAGAUGUUCCUCUGUUCUGAAUAAAUUGCGCUAAAAUGG